GUAUGUCUCACUUUCAAUUUAGUGGUGGCCAUAAAAUAGCUAUUGAAAUGGUUACUAAUCAUGUAAGUGUACUAUACAGAAUUUAUACUGCUUCUCCCUCGUGAUAGCUUCUGCAGUACACUGCAGUAUUCUAUGUUCCAGUACAUCUCCCAAUAGCAAAAUUUUCCACUUGUGAUACAUUAAGACAGUGCAGAGAAAUACCCCUGAUCAUAACAGCUAGUUUUUAUUGGAGUGAGAUAUCACUCAUCGACUUUUACACUAAAAAAUUGGUGAUCCUAAAUCCUAAAGUAAAUCCAAAAAGCAUGUUACACAAUUCAAUAUUUCAAAAUUGAACAUAUGGAGACAAUAUGUUUCAGACAUCUUCUUUCUAUUUAAAGAAUGCUACAGCAUGUUUGCAGUUUGAAAAUAAAUUUGUAAACAAAGCCUUUACCUGUUUACAGUUAUUAGGCAAUGGCAUUUGGGCUGUUUGCCCUUAAAAGGCGACCGACUAGUUUAAAUAUCCGCUUUAUCAAUUUAUCCGCUUCUUUUAGUUGUUUAUCAUGAAUUGACACACUCCGAAAGGCAUGAAUUAGCAUUGUUUCUUGGGGGAGGGGACAUUUUUUGUUGGGGAGUUUUCGUGCUUCCAAGAUGGCGACGGCUUGUUACACAGGAAGCCCAAAUCGCUAGCGAAGCGAAAUUAGUGUUGCUCUCGCUCGCUAAAAUAAAAUAAAAUAAAAUAAAAUAAAAUAAAAUAAAAUAAAAUAAAAUAAAAUAAAAUAAAAUGAAAUAAAAUAAAAUAAAAUAAAACACAGGUUUAGAAACCUUUAACAUUCUAGUUUAUGUACCUCUCAAUGUUUACGGCUCUCAGAGACUAGGAUAAUACUAGUGUCAGCCAGUUACCCAUGAGCCACUGCGGGUUACGAUAUGAGGAUUCUUGGGUAAAAUGUAAAUUGAAGGGUGAUUCCUGUGUGUGAGACGUAGCAGAUGGUGCAAUAAGUGGUUACCCCGGGUGCCAUGAGAUGAUACCCAGAUUACAGCGCGCGCCUGUAGCACUACGACUCGUCGUAGAGGACGAGCGGAUAACCACUCCCAUGCGGAUAGAGCUUCGGUUGAAUACCGGCAGGCUCAAUUCGCAUUCUGAUUAUAACUUCCGGUCAAAGGCGUAUAUCAUAUCCACCCCUUGUUACGAAAGCGUCAUUGCUCGAUGAAAGAAAGGAAAAUUGAUCCCUUUGAGCAAAACUCUAGGUCACAGGGAAUCGAUAAGGGGCUUAUAUUUCCAGCACGCAGAGUACGACUGUUAACGUUUUAACCGUCGGUUAAAAAAAAAAAAAACAGAAAGGAAACUGCAGAGGUACCUGAAUGAUAUCACCAUGAGAUGCUUGUUGAUCUUCUUUCUAAUCUGCCCCAUGUGGGAUAUUACUGCACAUGCGCACCUUCCAACGCGUCUCUACCAGGAUGGUGACGUCAUCCUAGGCUGUCUUAUAAGCGUUCGCGAGAAGGAGUCGUACGACAAAUGCGGGAAGUUCUUCGAAGCAGGGAUAAGCCGAGCAGAAAGCGUCAUUUACGUCAUCGACAAAAUCAACGAAGACCCUGCACUCCUACCGGGGAUCAAACUCGGCUACGAUAUACGGGAUUACUGCGACAGUCCGGCAUUGGCAAUGCAGCACGCCUACGACUUUUCAAUCUCUGUGCCGGGCUUGAAUCACACGCACGUGCGCAUUAGUAUGGCAACAGACAGAGACCACGCCCCCAGGAAUGCCAAACCUAUCGCAGCCCUUAUUGGACCAAGUGACUCAGGCACUGCAUUGCCUUUGGCGGGGUUACUUCGGGUGGAAGCCAUACCGAUGAUUAGCUCUUCUGCGACUAGCGACGAGUUGAGUGGAAAACUCUACAGUAACUUCUUUCGGACCAUCCCUCCUGAUAUAUAUCAAGCGAAGGCCAUGGCGGAUUUAAUUGAGAGGUUUAACUGGUCCUACAUAGGAGCUGUUGUUGUUGACCAUUCUUAUGGACGGUACGGAAUAAGGGCACUGGAACAGGAGUCGUAUGACCGGAAGUCUUUCUGUAUCGCAGCGACAGAGUUUCUCCCGAGGUCAGGCUUUGAGAAAAAGCUUGGAGUCGUGAUCUCAACACUCGCGAGUAAAAAGAACAUUAAGGUCAUCGUACUUUGGACAACCGAGACUCUUGGGAAGAACUUUCUUAAGGAGGCGAAGAAACAGGGUCUGACCCAUCGUACGUGGAUUCUCAGCGAGGCUCUCGCUACGUACAAAGCGAAAGGGUUCUUCAGUGAAUAUCUCAGCCCUUAUGAUCAUUAUUUUGGAAUCCAACCCAAGCUAUGGGAAGAUCCUAACUUCGCUAAUCACAUGAUGGCAGUUACGCCUUCUCUUAGCGUCAACAGUACGAAUGUAUGGUGGGAGUUUGUCUGGCAAGAGAUAUUUCACUGCACUGCACGCGGGGCAAAGGGGUUUGAGCCAUGUGGGCCGCAAGUAAAGAUAACCAAACCACUCUAUGAGAGGCUCAAGAGUGGUUUCGUGACGUACCAAGAAGACGCCUUUUAUGCAGCUGCACAUGCGUUAGAUGCAAUCUUCAAAUGUAACGGAUCAGACUGUCCACAGAAGAUCCCGUAUGUAAACCCAAUUGAAGUCACAAAGUACCUCAGACAAGUUGAUUUCAAAGGUUUAACCGGUCAAGUCCGGUUUGACAAGAAUGGUGACCCCGUAAAUGCAUUGUACGAAGUCGUAUCAUUCAAGACGUUCGAGGAUGGUACAUCUACUGAAAAGGUGAUUAUCGGGACGUGGAGAAACACUAUUCACGAAGGGCUAGAUAUAGACUCAAGUCUGAUCCAAUGGAAAGAUGGGGAGUUACCACGGUCUGUCUGCAACGAUAAGUGUCCCGUAGGCACUUGGCAAACCAAGACGGUUAGAUGCUGCUGGGAAUGCAUCCAGUGCGCAGACGGCUUCGCCAACUCCAUCAGCGGGGCAGGAAACUGUACGACGUGUCCCAUCCACCAAAAGUCGGACAAGGACCGAGAGUUCUGCGUGGACCUACCGAUCAUCAACCAGUCGUGGAUGAGCCCCUCUGUGAUAACCUUUCUAAUUAUCACAAUAAUAGGGUUCCUCGCCACGUUCUUCACAUUGUUCGUGUUCAUCAAAUAUCGGCAUACACCUAUCGUGAAGGCAUCUAAUCGAGAACUGAGCUUUCUCCUUCUUGUCGGGAUCCUACUGUGCUUCACUCUCGCAUUAUUCGACCUCGUACGUCCAAACAGCGCCCUGUGCCCAAUUAUAGAACCCUGGCGCUACAUAGUCUAUACCACGUGUGUGUCCACACUCUUGCUCAAGACCAUGAGAAUUGUGGAGCUCUUCGAGGCGAACUCCAACAUCGGGCGCUGCAUAAAAUUCUACGUGAUGCACCCUACACGGCAAGUCGCGACAGUGUUCAUGAUCAACAUGGUGGAAAUUAUCCUAGCGAUUAUUUGGCUUGUGCUUGAUAACCCACACGUUUACAAGGACAUCAAACCAGGCGUGUCCAUCUUCCUCCUCUGCCGCUCUUACAUCUCCAUCAUAGGGCAAGUCUUGCUUCUUCUAAUGCUGCUCUACCUCACCUCUUUGUCUCUGUUCUGUAUCUACUAUGCCUUUCGCGGACGAAACCUGCCGGAGAACUUCAACGAGGCCCGCUACAUCAGUUUCUCCAUGUACAUCUUGUUGCUCUCCUGGUUAGCUUACUACCCGGUUGCGUUCACUUUAGAGGGAUGGCCGUAUGAGGCAGUUAUUGCCUGCGCGACUACUUUGCUCAAUUCGUUCGGGUUACUGGGGUGUAUGUUUCUUCCAAAGGUGUGGAUUAUUCUGAGACAUCCCGAGAGAAAUACCAUGGAAGCUGUACGUGCGAAUUUAAGGAUUGCAAGCGGGAUGGAAAACUUUACUGUACGAACUGUAGCGCCGAGAGUGCCGGGGAAGCCUGGGACUGCCGAGCUAACGACCGAGGUCACGUGGAGUCCAAAACAUAACUCUUCCGGUUAUUGAUAAGGGCUAAGGACCAUCGCACUCUAUAUCUUUAAGAUCACCAUCUUCAUAACCAUAACAACAUUAAUUUUAUAAUCACUUCUUCAUCAACAACAGUAUUGUCAUCACCAUCAACAUCAUCAUCACCAACCAUCUUUGGCUCCAUUAUCAACUUCCCCAACAUCAUUUAUUCCAAGACACGCUUUAAAUGCACAUAAUUUCCAUUGUUACCUAGCGACAAACCUUAUAAUAAUAAUAUUUACUCAUGUUAUAACUCUUUUAUAGUCAAAUAACAAAUAACCAACAAACUCUGUGAUAGUCUCCGCGCACUGAGCACAAGACAAUAUGCAUUUGUUAAGAAGAUAGUUACACUAUCACGAGAAGUGUAAUACGAAAACACAACAAUAGCAGCAUUGUUGGAAAGAACACAUGGUAUUGCUUUAUCGACACAGAAAAACGAAGGGACUUGGCGGAACAACCUGGAGCAUGCAUCUGUUUUUCAUUUGUUAUUGGGACACUUCAAGAAGUACAAUUGGACGAGAAUAUUUUAAUCUUAUUUUUCAAAUUUCAAUUGAUAAUUCCAAAAAAUCUUGGACUUGAUGUACACAAUUAAUUCAGUAUCAAAUAAAAUACACAUAUAUACAACUUUA